GGAGGAGGAGGAGGCGGAGCAUUACGAUUCAAGAGUGGUCCAGCUGUUAAGGAUACAGACUUGUUAGGACACUUCACAUUCUUGAGGAGCGAACAGUAGGAUGUGAUGCAGAUAAAGAAGACGACUGACGAUUUGGAGGCUGGAGCAGCGCAGCACAUGGUUCUGUGCAAGUGAACUGUGUCGGGAUCGGCAGUAGAAUCCAUGUGGCCGACAUGAGGCAGGUGGACCAGGAACGGCACAACCUCCACGAAAGUCUAGCUGGUGCAGUCACAUCCACUCUGUUACUGGUUCUGCUCGGGUCAGUCCGCUGCUGUCCCGGCGUCUGCACCUGUGAUCGUAACACCACCGAUUGCUCUGCUCUGGGCCUCAUUUCUCUGACCCCUCUCUUGCCACUGCUUGACCAGGACUCUGAGACCCUGUACCUGGCCCAGAACAACCUCUCUUUCCUGGCUGCUGUGGACUUGGCUAACCUCAGCAGCCUGGAGAUCUUGGAUCUUUCCCAGAACCACUUUUUCACCCUGCAAUCGGGAGUCUUCUCAGGCCUGACCGGCCUGCGGUGGCUCAAUCUGUCAGCCAACUUCCUCGGAAGGCACCUCGCCACCUCAGACGUCAACCGCAGUAAAGAGGCGGAGCAAAACCUAAACAGAAGCAGUGGGGGAGUCAGCCUGAGCAAGGAUGUCUUCCAGGGGCUGGGGUGGCUGCGAGGACUCGAUCUGUCCUCCAAUGGCCUCUACUGGCUGCCCACGGGCCUGCUGGAUGGACUCCAGAGACUAACUUGGUUGUCACUGGCCAGGAAUCAGCUCGCGGUGCUGGAGAGGGCAACCUUUGAGCCUCUGGUGGGGCUUCAGCAGCUCCUCCUUGCUGGGAACCCGUGGGAAUGUAAUUGCAAGCUAUGGAACUUCAAGCACUGGGUGGAGUGGAUGAUCUACAGAGACGGUCUGGUUGACACGAUAACGUGCAGCUUUCCCAGGAAACUGAUCGGCAGGAACAUCCGAAACGUGCCGGCCGAAAUGUUCGAGCACUGCGUGCAGAGCGUCGCCAAGGAAGUCACACCCGGCGGCGGCAUCCGACCCCUCUGUCCGCCGGGUCGUAUCAGCGGCAACGACGAGUGCGUCCGUCAGCGCUACCGUCCGAUUAGCGUCCGCCGAGCGCAAGUGACGCAAAUCGUGGCGGGUGUGGUGUGCGGCACGGUGUGCGUCAUGAUGGUGGUGGCGGCAACGUACGGCUGCGUCUAUGCCUCGCUGAUGGCUCGCUACCAGAGGGAGCUGAAGAAGCGAGGGCCGCCUCUGAUGGCUGAGGGCGUAGCAGACGACCUGGGGGACGCGCAAUCCCCGACGACGCCAGAAGAGGCACCGCCUAAAGAGGCCUGCGUGGUGUACGGGUACCGCAUCAGCAGCUUCUGACGGGUCCAGGACAGAUUUUUGAAACUUCCAAAGACCGAAACACAACAACCAUUGCAUUCAUUUUUCCUCUGCAGUCUCUUUGUGACCAACCGAUGCGCAAGUGUGACACUUCUUAUUCAUGUCCUCGGUCCUCCUGUUGGAUUAUCACCAUAGCAACGUCACCUGACCUCGCUGAGACACCGUUUUCUCAUCCUGCAGUCAUAUUGCCACCUACAGGCCACACUGAGCAACUACCUAAUUUCUCGUUUAAGUGUGUAAUAGAAGUAGAUUUACAUGGUGUGAAGGCCAAAUGGGACAGCAAUAAAUAAACACAUCUAAAUUACCGAAAUGUGUCAUUAAUUAGAAUAAAAAACUAAAGAAUUAAUGUGUCAUCACAUGUGUACCUCUUUAAAUUAUUGUAAAAUUAUUUAUUUAAUUAUCGCCCCCAGUUCAGGGGUGCUUGUAUCAUUUAGUAAAGUGGAAUGUUAGAAAAGGCUUGAUCAUUUGAAAAAGUAAAACAGAGAAAAAGGUAGGUACAAAAACACUAACCUAUUUAUUAUUAAACUUCUGGAAUGGACUUAUACUGUCUUUAAAUUGAAGUGGAGUGGUAAUUGGUCACAAUAAUUAAUCUCAUGACAUAGUACGCGGAGUGAUACGGACAAGUUUGCUACGGGAUACAAUUUUAAUACGCUGCUGCCUAGGAGACUUUGUAUGUGUCAUAAAUAUUGUUUGUAUUGACAAAUGUCAUGAUUUAGACUGCAGUAUUGUUUAAUUAAGGACACAAAUUAUGGAUGGAUAGUUUACGCUAAUCUGACAAAUGUUAUUUUGCCCAUAUUGGAUCAAUAUCUGAUUUCAAUAUCAUACCAGAACACCGCUAGUUGUUACCAUCAAAUUUAAGGCACUAUGAGCCUUUUUGCUCUUUUUCAUUGUUACUUUUUUUGACUUUAUUUCGAUCAUAUGCUGCCACACUUAAGACCGCUGGCCUAGUUUAGUUUUGAUACUUUCUGUAUUUAUUGUUUUUUUUUGUAUCCUGGUAUAUUAACUUUCAUUGCUUAUCGUUUAUUUGAGUUUUUAGAAGAGUGCGUCUAAAUAAAAUGAAUUAUUAUUAGAAUAUAAUUAAAUGCAGCUGCACACAGGUUCAUAAGUAAUUAAAUAGUGACAAAUUGAAAACCUGAAAUAAAUAAAUAUUGAAAUAAUAAAACAUGAAAUCAUUUAAUCGCGUAAUAAUUAAAUAAGUAAUUAAAUAGUCAAAUAAUUAAAACAUUAAAUAAUUCAAACAUGAAAUCAUUUAAUAGUGAAAUAAUUAAAACAUGAAAUAAUUAAAUAAAUAGUGAAAUAAUUAAAGGAUGUAAUAAUUACAUGUCGUAAUAAAUAAGUAAUUCAAUUGUGAAAUAUAUAAAACAUGAAAUAAUUCAAUUAAAUAAUUAAUCAAGUAGUUGAAUAGUGAAAUAACUAAAUUGUGAAAUACUAAAAUAGUGAAAUAAUUGAAACAUUAAAUGAAUUACUGUAUGUAAUAAUUAAAUAAUUAAUGAAAUAGUAAAACAAAACAUGAAAUAAUUAAAAUAUGUAAUAAUCAAAUACGUAAUUAAAUAGUGAAAUAAUUACAACAUGGAAUAAUACAAUUUUGAAAUAAUCAAGUAAUUUUUUAUAUACGAUUUACUUAAGAUUUAAAAAUUUUUACAAAAACACAUACACAGCAAUAUACAUUGAAAUGUUGACAAUGUAAAGGUCCACAAAACACCACACAAAACAGCAGGAAGUAAACAAACAAGACAAUAAAUUUAUAGUAUUUUUGUAUAGAAUUAAUUGCAUUGUUAAAUAAAUAUAAUUACGUAUAAAUUAAAUCAAUUGUAUUUAUUUAAAUUGUAAUCAAUUAAUGACACAUUUAGUUAUUAAUUUUAAGAUUGAUUUAUUUCAUCAUGUCCCAAUAGGCCCUCUAUACAUUGCUGUCCACACAUCAUGUGAGAAGCACACCUCAAACGCUCGUCAUGAAUAUGGACUUUUUUAAUAAACUA